AUCUGGGACGUCCAUGAUGUUCAAGUACCGGAUCCGCAUGUUCUUCAACGAGCUGAAGCUGCUGGUGUUGAUGCGUCGGGGCCGCCCGGAGCCCGAGCCCGGAGCAGGGGCCAGCCAGGGGUGCGGGUGGCCCCCUUUCRCCGACUGCUCCUCCCAGCAGGACGAUGAAGCCGAGUAUUAUGGAGGGGCCGGGGCUGAUGCUCGCCCCCGGAGCCUGGCCCUGGAGGAGAAGGACCCCCGGCCUCAGCCCMUCGGGCAGCAGGCCGGGCAGCAGGCGGCCACGGCCGGGACAGGGGGAGCCUUGGACUCGGUGUCGCUCAGCAGCAGCUUGGAUAGUGGCAUGAGGACCCCGCAGUGCCGGAUUUGCUUCCAGGGACCCGAACAGGGGGAGUUGUUGAGCCCAUGUCGAUGUGCGGGGUCUGUCCGCUGCACCCACCAGCCCUGCCUGAUUAGAUGGAUCAGUGAGAGGGGCUCCUGGAGCUGUGAGCUGUGCUAUUUCAAGUACCAGGUCUUAGCUAUCAGCACAAAGAACCCCUUACAGUGGCAGGCCAUUUCCCUGACGGUGAUUGAAAAGGUGCAAAUCGCAGCCAUCAUCUUGGGUUCGCUGUUCCUCAUCGCCAGCAUCUCGUGGCUCAUCUGGUCGUCCCUCAGCCCUUCGGCCAAGUGGCAGCGGCAGGACCUCCUUUUCCAGAUCUGCUAUGGGAUGUACGGUUUUAUGGACAUUGUGUGCAUAGGUCUGAUUAUCCACGAGGGCUCCUCGGUGUAUCGAAUAUUCAAGCGCUGGCAGGCGGUGAACCAGCAGUGGAAGGUGCUGAACUACGACAAGGCCAAGGACCUGGGGGAGCCCCUUGGUGGGAGCACAAAGCCCGGCGGGCGGAAUUCACGGACGAACCCUUCCUCAGGGAGUGAGCGGACCUCCCAGCGGGGCCAGCGGGUUAGGACUAUUUUGAACCAUCACUGUGGCUACACGAUUCUGCACAUUCUCAGCCACCUGCGGCCAAACGAACAUCGCGGGGGCUCCGGCUCCAGCCGCGAGGUUGUCAUGAGGGUGACGACUGUAUAAUAACAGCCUACGGGGCCUUUGCCGAGCGGGAGAGGCCCCACGGCGCCCAGGGAAGGAAGAAGCCCGUUUCUUCCCUUCUGCCCAGACUCCGUUUUGAGCCCCUACGGGGUUGGCCACACGCUGUAUACUAUCCGACGCAGGAGGUCCCUGGAUCGGUGAUGUUGCCGCAGACCCCGCCGCCCGCCUCUUCCUCAUUGUGCGUGGGGAGUGCCUCAACUGGGUUGCACCUUCCUUCCCUCCCAUCAAUGUGAAUUAUUUUUUCCCCUCUCCAUCCAGGCUUGUGGUGAAAGGAGAGACCCCCCUCCUCCCAGCUCGCCUUGUUAUGACUAGAUUCCUUGGAAGCGUGACGGGGUUUUAUUUAUUUGGGUUUUUUUAAAAAGCCCCUUCUUAGGGGUCCUUCUGGAUGCGUUAUGGUGCCAACUGGCCCAGAAAUUUGAAAACAUUUUUACCUCAUCUUUCGAUGGAAAUUCUGCCAGAUGACCCAUGCCUUUCCACCCAUCCCAUUGGUUUCUCUCUGCCCAGGAGACGCCAACCAGAGAAAUUUUGAACUUUUACCCAUCCAAAAAAAAAUUAUGGUGCAAUAAACAUGUUUCUUAAAGCAAAA